AUAAAGAGCAACAAUGGCGGCGUGUCCACAUUAAAAUUUGUGAAAAUUCUCUAAAAUUUAUGAUAAAACUGUUGUCACAAGUAAUUUAAGCCUGCACAGUGUAAUGUUAAUCCUUAAAAAUGUCGGGGGAGAGUUGGAAACUUGAGCAGGAUUUGUGUCGCUGCUGCCACAGCGAGGGCGCGCAUAAAAACUUGUCCGAGGCUUGUAUUGACGGGGAAGACGAAAUUUUAUCAGACAUGUUACACGAUACGCUAGAUAUUACUAUAAACCCGGUCACGGGCCCUCUCGGCCUGGUCACGUACACGAUAUGCGAGCCGUGCAUGAUGCGGUUGCAGGACGCAUGGAGCUUCAAGCAGCAAGUGGUGGACUGCGAACGACGCUUCCACGAAUUAUACAGUAGAAACGCUUUGAAAAUGGAUCCGGACAAUGUCAUCGUAGUAGAUGUGAAGCAGGAAGUCGAUUUGCCUAUUGUUGUCAAGACCAGUCCAAACGAAGGUGUAAAAGAAGAAAGGCUACACAGUGACGAUGAAGAUUUCCUACCAGUUGACGACGUCCAAUCCGACCUAUCUGACCAAGAACAGACCAAAAAGAAGCGCAAGCCCCGCGGCCGGCCCAAAGCCCCGCCCAAGAUCAAAAGAACGCCCCGCCACGCCCAGAACAAGACGCAGAAGGUGGACGACUCGACGGCGGACGACGGGAAGGAGAAGAAAGAUGCGCCAACGAACUCCUCAUUGCUUGGUUCAACUGUCUGCCUGAGCAACAGUAAGAUAUGUAAGUCAUACACCUGCAUCGAAUGCGGCAAAAAAGAGGACAAGCCGGGCAAAGUGAAAGAUCACAUAUACAAAAGCCACUUAGAAAACGCUACGACUACGACUUGCUUUUGUAAGAAAAAGUUUGGAAACCAGACCCGACUGGACUACCAUAUCAAGAAUGUGCACACGCUGUUUGAAUGCAACGUAUGUGCUAAAGGUUUUAUGAAGAAAAAGCUGCAGCGUCAUAAGGCUGAAGUUCACGGCCUGCCUAAGAAGUUGCCCACUUGUGGUGUUUGCGGGUAUAAGUGUAUGACAGAACACUUGUUAGUGGAGCAUCAAAGGCGCGUGCACUUGAAAGAGAAAAACGUCCAGUGCCCCCAAUGCGGGGAAAUGUUUUUCGACAACGGAUACUUGAAGUUACAUCAGGUGAAACACAAUCCAGUGAUGAAGUUUAAAUGUAGAUUCUGCAAUAAGACAUACCCGCGUAAUCAUACCCUGAGUAGGCAUGAGAAGAUUCACACUAAGGAUAUGAGGAAAAAGUGUGAGGUUUGCGGGCAGAUGUUUGUUCAGAAAGCCAGUCUGAGUUACCAUAUGAAAAAGUAUCAUCCGGAAAAAGUUUAAUAGGCUAGAUUCCUAAAAAAAAACUUUUAAUGCGCUAUUAUAAAAAAUAUUGGACACGUGUAUUUUUAUUUGUCAAUCAAACAUGUAAUUACGAAAUUAUGAUGCGUUGAAGUUCCGUGUGACGUCACAGAGUGCUACUCUUAAGCACGCUUUGACUUCACGGGCAUCUUCUUUUGUACUCGCACUUUAUCUCUUUAAAUUUUCAUUAGUUUGAAAAAGUGUACGUGUCGAGUAUUUUUUGAUAAAUUAACUGACGGAGUGAUUCAAACUAUUGCUUUUUUACCUAAGAAACAUUCCUAUCAUGAUCAUCCGGGUUAAGGUGCGCGCCGUGAUAAAAUCUUUUCGGUGAUUUCAGACGACAAACAUAUGUACUUAUCACGUAAAAUAGAUAAAGCUUAUCGCGACGCGCGUCCUAGGCCUACAGUGGGCUGAGUGUGAGUUUACAUCAAAAGUCCUCACUAGUGAGGUGAGCGCGUUAAAAAAAUGUAUGAAAAUUUUAGUUCUUCAAAGUUUCCACUAAGGGCGCUGUACAAUCAGUCAUACUUUUAAUGCCAUUUUUUUACGUUCUCACGCCGCCGCUCACUAGUGACGACGUUUGAAGUAAACUCACACUAAGCCUCAUGUAGUGGAGACUACAUGACUCAGGUCAUGUAGUCUCCACUACAUGAGCCCUAUCUUAUUUACCAAAGGUAAAUGGAGGAAUUUGAUUACACUCCUCAAGCUCUGGCCAUACGAGUUGGAGACACUUAAUGUACGCAUUAUUUGUUGCAUUUUUGUUAUAU